AGUCCACACUCCAUAUUUAGGUCUGGUCGUGGAUCCUACGGCUCACAGUCCAAGACCCUACUGACUGAGCCAUUGCCGGCCCUAUAAUAUAAUGUUCAAAUAUAGCAUAAUAGUUGAGCUUUAAACCAAAAGGUUUGUUGGAUUCGACAAAGGGAACAGAAAGUGCAAUUUCAUCUCAGUGUUUUGAGAUACAUUUUUGCACAGAGUUUCCCCUCUUCUCUAACAGCCUGAUGUGCAGUACUUGUUUUUGGUUGUAUGAGAAUAAGUUUGAACUUUUUGGGCGUCUGCAUGGAAACCAGAACCAGUCCAGCCAUGGACAUUGAUUUCCUUUAAAUGGACCAGUGGCUGGGAAAAACAGCUUAAAUUAGACUCACAGUGACGAGGCAACCAUGUAUGAAAUCGGACGUGUCUCAUUGAUCACUGCAUCGAAAAAAGGAACAUUGAUUAAACAAGUACAAACGCAGCAUGGAGGCUUGAGGGGAGUCUGUCAGGAAUAGCUGCUUUAAAGCAAAGGGUAGCUAACAAAUACAGGACAAACGGAAGCAAGAUAAUGAUUUAUUUAUACUGUAGUUAUAUCUGACAGAUAAGAAGACGUACAAAUGGAGGCUGAACAAUAACAGAGUUAAGUUCUUAACUAAAGUUAUACAAAAAGAAGGCCAAUCUGUAUUCUUGUGUUGUUGAACAUCUGUGGAUUUCCCAUCCGCCGUUCUGUGUCAAAGAGCAAACGCACAGUGGGACUAGCCUGAAUCAACUAGUCAAUUGAUCGUAAAUAUGUCUGCAAUAAUUCUGAUUAUUUACAAAUGUAAGUCAUUCUUUAAACAUAAGUGUCAUCUUAAAGGGACAAUUCCCCCCACAAUCAAAACGUUUUUUAAAAUGUCCUUCCUAUAGUGCUGUUUCUUAAACUAAAUUGGUUAAUUUUUUAUCCGAGAGUGUUGGAGAUAUCAGUCUGAUGUAAACAUGAAUGGCGUCCUCUGCUGAGCUUUAUCUUUAGCAGUAAAGGAGCCCUUAGCUAAAUGGACUGCAUUUAUGUAGCGCUUUAUCCAGUCUUAAUGACCCCUCAAAGCGCCUUUACAUUCUACAAGUCCUCAUUUACUCAUUCAUCACAACCCAUACAGACUGGAUACAAGGUUCCACCUGCCCAGAGAAACUAACAUUCACACAUUGUUGGCCAAUCAGAGAAAUGUAGGGUUAGGUAUUGUUGAUUGCAGGACCUGGGAUCGGAAUAGUUCAACUUAUUUUCUGCUCACAUCAAAAUCUGUGGAUAAUCUUAAAUUAUCAGGUCAUGAUUACUGAUUUAGUUUAAUUAUAUUGGAAAGAAAAGCCAUCAAGAAGGACAUCUAGUUUGACCAAUUAACCAAUAAUGUGUGACCCAGCCCAGGUCAAACCACCCACAUUAUCCAACACUGCAGUAGCAGACCUGUGGGCUGGAUGUUAACUUCAGCUUCACUGCUCAUUGCUGUGGCUCUAUAUAAGUACGGGAUAUCUAGCAUUUCACCAAUAUUUCUAUAUAACGCUUCUAAAACCUCUCCUUUAUGUAUUUCAUAAUCCACCUUGAAGGCUCUCAGAUGAAGAUUCCCAUCCCUGUGCAUCCUGUUCUGUCCUAUCUGCAUUCCAACAAGUUCAGGGACACAAACCCCUUCAGCUCACCUCUAAUGACUCGCAGGAACUGGCAGUCACUCCAUUCAUUCUGCUGCGAGGGAAAUGGCAACACAGCAUCACAACAGUAUCGAUUGAAUUGUCUCUGACAGGCUAUAAGUUGGCAGGGAUCAUUUGCUUUUGUCCAGUGGACGCUGUUUGCCAGUUUGUCCUUUGUUUAGAAGAGGAUGCAGAAGAUAGAAGAUGUACUCGUAGGAUUGUGUUCAGCAGCAUUAAGGCCUUCGUUGUUACAUUUCAUAUCCAAGAUGAUAGAACUGCUAAUAUAAAAAAUGGGAGACUGGAACUUCCUCGGGGGGAUUUUGGAGGAGGUGCACAUCCACUCCACCAUGGUCGGCAAGAUCUGGCUGACCAUCCUCUUCAUAUUCCGGAUGUUGGUUCUGGGCGUGGCAGCGGAGGACGUGUGGAACGACGAGCAGUCGGACUUCAUCUGCAACACGGACCAACCUGGCUGUCGAAACGUCUGCUACGACCAGGCCUUCCCCAUUUCCCUCAUCCGCUACUGGGUGCUGCAGGUCAUCUUUGUGUCUUCCCCCUCCCUGGUGUACAUGGGCCACGCCAUCUACCAGCUGCGGGCUCUGGAGAAGGAGCGCCAUUGCAAGAAGGUGGCUCUCCGCCGGGAGCUGGAGGCGGUGGACGUGGAGCUGGUGGAGGUGCGGAGGAGGAUGGAGAAGGAGAUGAAGCAGCUGGAGCAGGGGAAGCUCAACAAAGCCCCGCUGAGAGGCUCUCUGCUUUGCACCUACCUGGUCCACAUUAUGACCCGCUCCGUGGUGGAGGUCAGCUUCAUGGUGGUGCAGUACUUUCUGUACGGAAACCGCCUGAAGCCUCUGUUCAAGUGUGAGAGGGAGCCAUGCCCGAAUGUGGUGGACUGCUUCGUGUCCAGGCCCACCGAGAAAACUGUGUUCAUGAUCUUCAUGCAGAGCAUCGCCUGCAUCUCCCUCUUCCUCAGCAUUCUGGAGAUCAUGCACCUGGGAUUCAAGAAGCUCAAGAAGGGCAUCCUGUCCUACUACCCUCAUCUGAAAGACGACAUGGACGAUUAUUACGUCGACAAGUCAAAGAAGAACUCUGUCGUGCAUCAGGUUUGCAUUGGCACAUCUGCGGGUCGCAAGAGUGCCAUCCCCACGGCACCAUGCGGGUACACGUUGCUGUUGGAGAAGCAGGGCAAUGGACCCACCUACCCUCUCCUGAAUGCCUCCUCGGCCUUCGUCCCAAUAAAAGGGGACCCGGUUGUAAAGCCGGACGGUCAUAAGGACGGCAAGGAGGGGGUGCCGAGCCCCGCGGAGCAAAACAGCAACUCCAACAACACGAGCAGCGAGACGCGUUCCCCUCCUGCAGACAAACAGGAAGAGCCAGAGGAACCCAACCACGGAGACAUGGAGUGUGCCGCCUCUGAGUACCCCACCCUCCCCGUAGCGGACCCCUCGUCCUGCGCAGCGCUGUCAGGCAUUGUGAGGAAGUCUCGGAGGGUCAGUCCACCGUGGAACUGCUCCACUCUGGUGGAGGGGAACGGCUCGGACAGUGACUCCUACCACGGGAACAACAGCAGCGUGAAGCUCCGCAGCAGCUGCGUGGGACCCCGAGCUAGGAUCCUCUCUAAAUCCGACAUUAAGAGGCCGAGCAGGUCUCAGAGCCCGGACUCUGCGGGGGAGCUGAGCUCAGUGUCCCGACACAGCAGGGAGAGUAACAGCCCCCCCGCCUCCUCUCCAAACCGCAGAGUGUCAGCGGCCAGCAGUGGCAGCAGCAGAAGAGCUCCAACUGAUCUGCAAAUAUAAACCGUUUGCUCCGACAUGGCGACACAAACUCUCAAUAAGCCAUGUGUGGAUGCAAGUUGUUUGAACGCUAUAUUCCUGCACUUCACACAAAAACAGAUGUCGUUUUUUGCCACUAGAUCUCUCGAUAAAAAAUGUGACGAAUUUGGUUGUGAAGUAUCGAUGGAUCCUUGGAGUUUUUGUCUUCGCCAACAUUACAGUGAUUGCAGUCAGCUCCUCACGGACACGAUUCGGCUUUUUUUUUAUCAUUCAGGAGGGGUUCACUGGAAGCCCAAUUAUCCGCAGAGCUUUCCUAUUGUUCAAAACAAACGGACCCACUGAGAAAAACCAAUGAAAAGACUUAAUAAAGCAGUCUUACAUUGAA